UGCGCGCGCAGCUGGCGGGUGCGCGCGGGGUCGGGCGGGAGGUGCGUCAUGCAGUCAGAACUGAGCAUUCGCUUUAAUGAUGGGGGAUACAAAAACUGGAUUAAAGCGGGUUUGUGUCUGCAAAAAAUUCGGGACUGUAUCCUCGGCUUCGUAAUUACAGAAAUUGAGAAGUUCCACCAGGUUCUUCUCGGCACCAACCCGAAUCUGCGGCAAGGAAUCUGUAAGAAUUCUUGCAAAUCCCACGGAACAAAGUUUCAGACAGCCUGCUUUGUAUGCAGAGAAUGGAAAAAGGAAAUUCUGAGGCAUCAUACUGAUCAAAAUAGUACGAUAUACUGGGGGAACUGCUGCCCUUUGUUGUGGCCUACAAAUGCAUGGGAAGUUGCAAAAGUCUACAUGCCUCGUGGGCAGGCCAACAGACGGGGACCAGAAAACUGUGAUGCAGCAGCUCUUUUGAACCUUUUUAUUUUUUGCGAUCACUUUCACUUUGAACGGCGAAAAGUAAUUGAGGUGAUUAAAUGCCGUAAUGACCUGAUGCAUUCCAUAGAAAUGAGUGUUUCGGCAGAAUGGUUUGAAAACUAUAAACGGAAGAUCCUUAUACUUCUAAAGGAAUUUGAAAGCAUCCCUGAAGCAACAGCAGCAAACAAAAUGAUACAUGAGGUCACAUCAUCUGACUGGAAAGUUAAAAUGACAGUGACUGAUGCAGUGGAUGCUACAGUGAGGUUUACAGAUGAAGAGAUUGGUGUUGGAGAGAUUUGUAAUAUUGAAUUGAACUUGAUUAAAGAAUGGGCAGAGGAGCUGAACUUUGCACUAGAGGAGCAAGAGCCUUUACAGCAGCACUUGAACAGUUUGAAUAGAUUCAAGGAAUUUUUGAAACAAAAUAAAGAGCUUGAAAGUGAGCUACAUAAAGAGCUGCAGCAGUUAUUCAUUCUUGAGAAGAGAUUGAAUAAUGGCAAGGAUUUGUGAAGAUUCAAGAUGAUAGGGAGUGAAGACACGACAUAAAAAAGAGUUUUCUCAGGGACAGUAAACUGCUAGCUCACUCGAUUGAACUACAGAUUGUAAAUCAUAGGCUCCAACAGCUUCAAAAAGAAAACCAAGACAAAAGGAAUGAGUAGAAGACGUAGAAAAACUGAAAUCUUUGACUAUCUGGAAGAUGUUGCCUGAGGAACCGUUGUUCACUGGCACCAACUUAACCAGAAGAUUCUAAAGCAUUACAAAACAUUAAGGUUGAACAUCAUUUUGAAGAUGCUGAUUUUUAAAAAAAAAUACUUACAUUUAUGUCUUUUCUAAGGAGUGUAGAAAUAUUACAGCUGAAUGCCUGCUGACAAUAUUAAAGGACUAAAAAUAGAUGUCCUGCUUUAUUAUAUAUUGACCUGGAUUUUCCAGUGAGAAUGACAGCAAAAUGAUUAUUGUUCACCACUGUAAACUGAAAUAUUCAAGUGCAAGCAUAUGUGCAGAUUACAGCAGAAACCAAAGAGAGCAGAUGGAGAAAGGCAAAAUGAUUAGGAUUAAGAUUAAAUAUAUUUUUGUAGUUAACUGUCAAGUUCAUUGUGUGAGAAGUGAACAUUAUGAGUAUCCCAGAAAUGCUAAUGACAAUGUAUGUGAAUUGGGAGUUUUAGUACACUUAGCUUUUCAAAUAUUCAGGCAUUGGGUGCCAAGAAUAUAAUAAGCUGAUUACUGAACCAGCUGACUCUGACUCUGGAAAGUCUUGACUCCUUUCCUCUUCCUUUUCAGUCCUGAUGAAGGGUCUCAGCCCGAAAAGUUGAUUGUUUACUCUUUUCCAUAGCUGCUGCCUAGCCUGCUGAGUUCCUCCAGCAUUUUGUGUGUGUUGCUUUGAAGUUAAGCAAGUUUUGCUUUGAGUAUACUGUAUAUAGUCCUGACUUAAGCCCAGUGAUAUUUGGCCACAUAACUUAGUGCUGCUAGAAAGUUUGUGAAUACUGUAGAAUUUUCUCUAUCUCUGCAUAAAUGUAACCUAAAAUGUGAUUAAAUCUUCAUGUAAGUCCUAAAACUAGAUAAAGAGAACCCAGUUAAAUAAAUAAAACAAAAGAUAUUAUACUUGUUUGUUUAUUUAUUGAGAAAAAUGAUCCAAUAUUAUAUGUAUUUGAACCUCUAGGGUAAUGCCUUCUACAAAAGCUAUUUGGAUUCAGGUGUUCCAAUCAAUGAGAUAAGUUUGGAGGUGUGGGUUGUAAAGGUGACCUGUCCUAUAAAACAGACACACAAAUUCAGGUUACUGACAGAGCCUGCUGUUCUCAAAGAUUUGUUAAUGUGCAAUCGAAACAACUUUCAGAGGGCCUUAGAAGAAGAACUGUGAGAUGCGUAAACUUGGAAAAGGCUACAAAAGCAUUUCUACAGACCUGAGUGUCCCUCAGUCCACAGUAGGAGAAAUGCUCUACAAAUGGAGGAAAUUCAGUACUGUUGCUACUUUCCCUAGGAGUGGGCAUCCUGCAAAGAUCACACCAAGAGCACAACGUGCAAUCUAAAAGAAAUGAAAAAGAACACAAAGUUAACAGCAAAAGACCUGUAGAAAUCUCUAAACUUGCUAAAGUCUCUGUUCAUGUGUCCACUAUAAGAAAAACACUGAACAAGAAUGGUGUUCUUGGAAGACACCAUGGAGGAAGCCACUGCACUCCUAAAAGACAUCUCAAGUUUGCAAAUGACCACCAGGAUGUCCUACAAUGCUUCUGGGACAAUGUUCUGUGGACAGAUGAGACAGAAAUUGAAGUUUUGGGCAGAAAUGCAUGCUAUGUUUGGAGGAAAUAGAGCACUGCACACCAACACCAAAAUCUCAUUUUAACUGUGAAGCAUGGUGGAAGGAACAUCAUGGUCUGAGGCUGCUUUGCUGCCUCAGGGCAUGAACAGCUUGCAAGUGUUGAGGGAACAAUGAAUUCAAAAUUGUAUCGAGACAUUUUACAGCAGAACGUCAGGGUAGCAGUCCAUCACCUGAAGCUUAAUAGAAGUUGGAUAAUGCAACAGGGCAAUGAUCUGAAAGACAAGAGUAAAUCAACAACAGAAUGGUUUAAAAAGAAGAAAAUUUGUGCUUCGAAAUGGCCAAGUCAAAGUCCUGAUCUUAAUCCUAUAGAAAUAUUGUGGAAGGACCUGAAGCAAGCAAUUCAUGCAAGACAGCCCACUAACAUCCCAGAGUUGAAGGAGUUUUGACCUAAAAUUCCUCCAAGCCAAUCUGCAGGACUGAUUUAACAGUAACCAGAAAUGUUUGGUUGAAGUUAUUGCUGUACAAGGGGGUCACAACAGUUACUGAAAACAAAGGUUCACAUACUUUUCCCAACAAAUACAUGUAAUAUUUGAUCACUUUUCUGAAUAAAUAAACGAAAAAGUACAAAGCUUUUUGUGUUAUUUAUUUAAUAGAGUCUCUUUAUCUAGUUUUAGGACUUGUGUGAACCGCUGAUCUCAUUUUAGGUCAGAUUUAUGCAGAAUGAGAGGAAUUCUACAGGGUUCACAAACUCUAGCACGACUAUAGAUUUGGAUGAGGUAUCAAAAAAUUGUGUUCUUGGUCAGUUCAGGCCAGUCCAUCAUCUCAUCAACAUCUGAUCAUCUUCUGGGAUGAAGCAGCUCCUUUAACAGACCCUCCAUUAAUCUGCCUAGGUGUUUAGUUCUUCCAUGGUCAAUGACAGUGCCUGCGGUGUACACCAUCUACAAAACAUACUGCAAUUUUCUCCCAAGCUACACAACAACAAUGCCAAGCUUUCAGCUACACUGAGAGGUGUAGGGAGUUCAUGAGAACCUCAUGAGUGUAGAUUCUCUUCUUUCUCACCACAGCUGUCAUUGUUCAUUUUGGUCCUUCCUGAGUAGCACUGUGGUAAUCCUUCACGAAGGCAAUAGCUUUUCUCAAUCACCUUCUCAAGAACAAUUGGGCAUGAGCAGUAAAUACUCCCCUUGCCAGCUAUACCCACAUCCUGAAAAUGAUUAAAGCAGCUACUUCAUUAGUCCAAUUAAAAUCUAGGUAGUUGAAGUUUUAUUUUUCAAUGUGUGCUAUGCCUUGCCAAUAUUCAAUGUGCCCAUUUCUAAAUUUCUGUAGCCACAUUGUAGUCUGGUUCCUCUCAGUACAUGAUUGCCUCUAGCUCCUUUAUUUUAUUAGUGAUACUGUUUACAGAUCAUUUAACUUAUUUUAAUAGGAUUUCCUUUCAAUUUAUGGUUAAACAUCUUACACUUCUAUUACUUUCCUUUAUAUUCAUCAGCCUGUUAUUCUUCCCUAUACGUUUUUUUUCUUGUUUCAUACUUAGACAGCUGUAUUUCUUGUAAAUUUACAUCAGUUCCAUGCCUGGGGUAAAAUAAAAUUUAGUAACAGCCAUUUGCAUGUUCAUUUACCUUACUGAUGUUUUUUGCAUUUUCAAAGCAUGUUUAUAACAUAAGGAUGUUUACACCUUGUGUCAUCUGUCUGUUUUGCUUUUAUGUGGGUUUGACCUGUUAAUGACUUCUCGCCCUCAUUAUCUCAAAAUUAGAAGUCCAGAAGAGAUGUUACUAGAGUCUUUGGAUAUGUCCUCAUCACAUCCAUAAUGAUUACA